GGAAAAUCAGUGUGUUUUCAUUUGGUGUGUUUUGAAGUUUAUUGUUUUAUAAUCGUUUUAACAUUGUUUUAUACAACGAAACAUAUCGUCCGUCGUAUUUUAAGAAUGUCAUUAUUACAGUAUUGAAGCACACAAGGAUAAUGCUAUAAGUCAAUCGUGAAAAGCAUGGCAACUUCAGACAAUGUAGUUGCCCAAUACUGUACCUACCAGUGCCUAUAGUCAGUUUUGCCUUGUGGUGACCAGUGGUUCAAUAAUGGAGACUGUAGGAAACAAAAGCAUCCCUUUCUCGAACACAUCCAAUGGAAUGGAUAUCAUGGGGUCAAACUGCUUUGGCAAAUACAACACAGUGGCCUGUAUCAGGAGUUCUGUGUUAACCUUCCUGGCAGUCCUGACAGCAUUACUGUGUAUAAUGAAGAUAGCCAAGCUUCAUAUUCACCAUCACCCAGCUUGGCAUCAGUAUGUCAUCUUCUACUGCGCAUCCCUGGAGUGUGUGAUAGGGGGUGUCCAUUGGGUACUGGUGGCCUAUGCACAGCUGGACUUUGUACUACAGUAUCUCAAGUUGUUACAGUUCCUGGUCAUGUGUCACUUCUACUGGACUCUGGCUACACGGGCCCUUAGACGUGAGAGGCUCACCAAAUGGUUCCUCAUCCCAUUCCUGGUGCUGGUGUGUGUCUACUUCACCGUAAUAGCGACUCUUGGCAUCGUAAAUGUACAGUCAUCACUAACAGAGUGUUUACAACCGUACUGGCUGGAGUUGUCAGGGGCGGAGUUUGUCACUGUCCAGCUGUUUGGUGUGGCUGGCUUUUAUAUCACACGGCGACUUAAUGAAAUAAGUACUCUUGAUUCAGUACGGUGGUCACAGAAGAGGGACUUAUGGUGCAUCGUGAUUGUGUUCGAGAUAUCAGCAUUUGUUGGAUUCUUGUAUGAUAUUAUGCUAAAAAUAUUGGGUGAUGAAGCCAGUGGAUGCAGUAAGAUUUUUAAUGAUGCAGAGGAGCUGUAUUCAACAAUAUUCAUUAUUUUUAUGGUGUUAAAACUGUUACUGCCUAUCUGGGUGAUGCUGUUCGUGUUCCAGCCCUCACCCCCUGUUGUAGAUCACGAUGACCUUAUACCUGCACUAAGUGACGACGGGAAUUCAGCAUUUAGUGCCAGUAUAGACGACCACCAAUAUAGGCAGCUCUACCAUCCGGCCGAGGACUACCACAGCUUCAAUGAUAACUCACCGUCACCUGCAGCGCCAACUAGCAGAGCAUCCAAUGGAAAUAUGAAACGGAGCACCUCAAACCUCGAUCCUAUCAGAGAAGAGGCAACUCCAAACAGUUCUGUAAAAUCAAAACCUGAGGAUGCAAAUAAUCCUGCUUCAACAAGUAUUCAGGCAGGCAGUCGUGAAACACCUCCCGCUCAAAGGGGCAAGUUUUACAUAUGAUGUGAGAUCCAAGUGUCGUCUGCACUGAACUGUAAGUGCAGGACGUGUAAAUAUUGGUCCAGUAUUUGGGAUUGAAAGUCAGAUAUUAUAUUUUAGUGCCAGAACAAUGUCUUACUACUCUGGUACAGACAAUCUAUCAUGUGACUUUACUGGCUCUCUCAGGUGCCCAGAUGAACAAGCUCAAGGAUGUCGCCGGUAGUCUGAGAACACGCAGCUGUUGAUCGGUGGUGUGACUACCUCCAGUCACUAUGAUUCAAACUCCCUUAGUCUCAUAACAUUUAAACUUUGAAUGAAGCAGGUAUACAAUUAGAAACAAUUAUACUUUCAGAGAAGUGGAUUAUAAUAUACAGGGAAAAACAAUGAACUUUUUAUUGUAAAAAUGGAAAAUACAGUAUCUUCAUUGAAUUUUGUGAAAGGUUUGCAAAAAAUUAUUUUUUCCAGCAAAAAAUGACCAAUUCAAGAAAAAGUGUAUUUGUUCCGGUUUAGAAGUUUUAUAUGUGAUGUGUGUAAAGUGGUACAUUCUGUUCCAUAUUGGAGAUUUAUCUGUUUUGUAUAAUCACUCACUUGGAUCAUUGUUUUUGUUUAAGAUUUAAUCCAAGGCAUACUAUCACCAUGCGAAAGGAAGAAUACAAGAAUAUGAAGCUUUGUUUUAAAGAAAUCAUUUCCAAGGGAAGAUUUUGUAAAGUCUCGUAUCAAUCAACAAGUCUCAUACAAAGCUAUAUUGUAGUCUGAAAACACAAUUAGAGAUCUUGUUAAUAAUACGAUUCCUGGUAUACGGACAACAGAAACAGCAUAAUCACAGGUCGGACUGUGAUAACAUCCCUGAAA